AUGAAGGGAUGCUAUUUUCUCCGAGAAUACUGCUCACGAUUGUUGCGAGCGUCAUCGUGCGCGUUCGAUGGGAUACCGGGCAUGAUACUCUCUGAUCUGCAUCUCGAGAUCGGUCAACAAUACGCGUCCUUCACUUUCCCCCACAGCGUCUCGCAGACGAACCGACCAGCAUCGUGCAAUCCAGGCGUCCACGCUCGAGAGGCUGCUUGGCUACGCAAGGAAGUUGCCAACCUGACCGCAGCUGCAACGCAGCAGACGAGAAAUUUACUUAUUGCUACACACCACGCUCCAUGCCUUGAUGGAACUUCGCAGCCUGAGCACGCACAUAAUUUGUGGUCUUCGGCGUUUGCCACUGAGAUGCUGGCAUCCGGGGAUUGGAGCCCUGUCAAGACUUGGGUAUUUGGCCAUACGCACUAUUCAACGGAUUUUGUGCGCAACGACAUCCGAAUUGUUGCAAAUCAGCGCGGAUAUGUCAUGCCAUUGCCGAAUCGCUACCCGAGCAAUGGCAGCGCAAGCAACUACUUUGAUGCUGGCAAAGUGGUUACCAAUUGA